CACACACACACCCAUGACACGUACACAGACAACAUGCUACGGAUGAAGACCGAGCCUGGGUAUGAAGAAAAAACAAGAAUUAUGUUUAUUGCCUGUUUUAGUUGCGGCCUGUUUAGUGUCCAUAAUGGGUGGUUCACCUCUCCCUAGCCCUAUUCUGAUUGGUCCAGACAAGGCCUACCUGAACUCCAAGGUAGUGUUCCAAUGUAGGUCACCUGGGUCUCCUCCACCAAACACAUACGAGCUCCUGAAGGACGGCAACCACCUGGUCGCCACGAGCAACGACCUCCAAGACGACCAAUCGGCUAUGUUCUUCCUGAAGAUCUCUGUGACGUCAGAAGGAUCGUACCACUGCAGGGUGACGGCAGGUGGAAACAUGGGCCUCAGUGGAACAGUCCGCCUGCAAGUAGUGAUCCCUGUCUCAGGCACUAUGGUGACUUCUGACCCUGAUCCUCCCAUUCUCUACGAGGGGUUGCGGCUCACUCUCACAUGUGAUGUCACCAAGGGCUCCCACCUCUCCUACACCUGGUUCUACAACAGACAGGAAGUGACAUCAUCUCCAACCUCACCUUUGACCCCGCUUCUGCUCUGGCCGGUGGGGAACACGCUGGUAGUGGAGAGGGUCACAACAAAGCAUGCUGGGAAUUAUUCGUGCAUUGCCGGGACCAGGAUGCAGACCAACAGCAGGUUCUCCAGCAGCAGAGAGAUCACGGUCAGGAUCAAAGUCUAUCUCUCCGUACCCCAAAUAUCCUUCACCAUCUCCAAAGAGGGUUCGAGUUACCACGGCAAUGUGACCUGCAGGUCGUCAAGGGGAACCCCUCCCGUGACCUUCUACCUCUUCCUUGACGACAAGGAGGUGGGUUCCGACGUGGCAACGGAGUCGCUGGUUGCCUGGUUCCCCGUUGCCAUGGUUCCCGGGCGUGACAUGGGCGCGGUGCGGUGUGCAGUGGAGAGUGAUGCACAGAGACUGACCAGCAGACCCCUGACUCUGGUAGUGGUCCCAGUAGGAGGCUCACCAAAGGUGGAUGUGGAGUACCUUUACAGAGUUGAUUCCAAGAUGGCCGCCGCUCGUCUCCAAUGCCUCCUGAGCCUUGGGACCUUCCCUUUCUUCUCCUGGUCCCUCAACGGCUCCCUCCUCCUUCACCCCUCCGAGGGAGACUCCUCUCACCCAUCUCACGCCCUGGCGGACGGAGGGCGCACCCUAUUCCUCACCGAGAUCACCCUAGAGGACUCUGGGUAUUAUCGGUGCAGAGCAAGGGACAGUUAUGACGUAACGUCCGCCUGGGUGGAAAGCCAACCUGUCCUUGUGCAGGUCACAGAAGUUGCCACGACAACCAUAGAGGUCAUGGCCAUAGUGUUCUGCUGUUUCCUCAUGCUGACCCUGGCAGGGGGUGUGGCCUGUGUGAUGAGGAUGCUCAACCGCCAACGAGUGAAAGACGAUUCAGUGAACAUUUCUGCAUCAUCCCAGAUCCACUUUCUCUGUCUGACAUCACUACCAGGUCAGGGGUCAAGCAAGUGGACACUUCCUGUGUUGACAGUGAUGUUGAGAAUCAGACCCUUGAGAUCACAAUAUAACCGACGUGAUGAAAUAAAACCCAACUUUAGACCGACGAGUUCCUCACAAAAGAAUCCUUCAAUGUAAUUUUAUCCAACAAACUAUUAUAAUGUUUUUUUCAAUCACUUCAGCCCAUUUUUCAGAUCGAAGUGUUAUAUUUUCAAAAGUCAAAACUCACACCACUUGUAAUGUCCCCUGUCUUGUGUUCAGAACCGUUGAUUUAACAUUCAUUGGUGCUGAACACAUCGUUCACCCGAGUCAUACCAUGACAACACUUUGUUUAGUUACCAAUCAAUCAGAUAACGACAGGCUCACCAGUUAGUCAUUUUAACUACCUUUUAAUCCAACAGCAAAAAAUACAAGAUACAUACAAACUGUCCUUUUUGAAGUGCUGAGUAGAAAGAAGAGUAUAUGGUAAAUAUCAUUUUCCGUACAGUAUUUGGCCAUAACUUGACAUGCACAAUUAGUUUUUGAAAAACCUAUUUUGUUGUAUCCAAUGGUGAGCAUGUUGAGACGUACAUCAGUCUUACAGUUUCAUCAUCCUUACGAUAAUGAAGCUGACGAAAUUCGAGCAAGGGCUGCCUUCCAGAAAGACCCCAGAGAUUGUGACAUUCUCUGUUUCAUGGAAACAUGGCUCUCUUGAGAUAUGUUGUCGGAAUCGGUUCAGCCACCGGGCUUCUCCAUGCAUUAAGCCGACAGAGAUAAACA